AUGACCAGGUUCAGCUUCCGCUCCUAUCGUUGGGUUCUUGCAAUGAUGUUUGCAAUUGUGGAGCUCAACAGGACCCCUCAGUCCUUGCCCAACAUGACAUUGGGUGUAGGAGUGUUGGAUACGUGCAGCAGUGCCAGCAGAGCUCUGAAGGGUGCAGCCUGGCUCCUGUCUGGGGCCCCUGGUGGAACUUUAACUCAUCAUUGUCAGAGGUCUUCUUCUCAACUGGCCGCAGUGCUCGCCGACUCAGGGGCUGACUCUGUGCUGAGCGUUGCAAAUGUACUGGGGCUGUACAGGUACCCACAGGUCAGUUAUUUCAUUCCUCCUCCUGAGCUCAGCAACCGAGUCCUCUUCCCCACAUCCCUCAGCGUGGCCCCUGCUCUAACAGCACAGGCUAAAGGCCUUAUUCGACUUCUUCAGUUCUUUGGCUGGUCCUGGGUGGGCGUCCUUGUCCAGGAGGGAAGUGUCUCGACAGUAGCUCAGACGUUCCUCAGGGAACUUGAAGGCUCAGGAAUCUGUGUAGCCUUCAAAGAGAACGUUCCCUCUGUAUCAGCGGACGUCAGUCGGAUAGUGUCAGUUGUCAGAGAGUCCACAGCUACGGUGGUGGUGGUGUUCUCCCUUGAGGCUUAUCUGAAUCCUGUACUUCUGGACUUGGCCCUUAAAGGAGACAGUAGACCAAGGAUCUGGUUGACCACUGAAGGCUGGUCCACAUCUCCAGGGCUGGUAGCUCCUUGGCUCUCCCAGUUCCUUCGGGGAUCUCUGGGUCUCGUUCUUCGUAAUGGAGCUGCCCCUGGAUUCAAAGAGUUUGUCUUUGGGUUACAACCCAGCACCCUACACAAAGACCCAUUUCUUAUAGAGUUCUGGGAGGAAGCAUUUGGGUGUCGUUGGGAUGCAAGUGCAGAUACUUCUUCCUUUACUCCUAAUCUAACAGUCUCAUCCAUAUCUCCUUCAACAACUCCCACUUUUUCAUCUACAACGUCCUCCUCUCCUCACCAAGUAUUAUGCACAGGUAAAGAGAAACCAGGUUCUCUUCAGCUCUUCUCAGAUAUUGGAGACCUCCGAGUGACGUACAAUGUCUACAAGGCGGUGAGGAUGGUGUCCGGAGCUCUGAGGGAUAUGUCCAAGUGCAGAGAUGGAGAAGGGCCACUGCCUGGGGGCAAAUGUGUCAACAUGAGUGAUUUCAAACCAUGGCAGUUCCAUCAGUACCUCCGCCGAGUACAUACCAAGGGGAAUAUUGGAGAUGAUUUGUAUUUUGACGUGUUGGGAAAUGCUCCGGCCGUAUAUGACAUCAUUAAUUGGCAAUCAGCUCCUUCAGGAAGCACCGGUUGGGUAACGGUGGGCAGCUAUGAAAGUGGCGCCCCUCCUGGGCAAGACAUGCUCAUUAAUGACAAUUUUAUCCACUGGGCAGAAGGUAUUAAGAAGUGGCCUAGUUCUGUAUGCUCCGAGCAUUGCACACCUGGCUUCAGGAAAGCAAUACGGCAGGGACAACCCAACUGCUGCUUCGAUUGUGUUCCGUGCUCUUCUGGAGAGGUCUCCAAUCAGACUGACUCCGUAGAGUGCUACCUGUGCUCAGAUGAUGAAUGGCCAAAUUCUGCCCGUAACCACUGCCUGUCCCGCGCCAUAGAGCUGCUGUCCCUCUCUGAACCUUUUGGUCUCUCCCUUGGGACCACCGCUGUAAUAGGAUCUCUCCUGCCGGCUGCUGUCCUUGUCAUUUUCAUCAGGAACCGAGACACUCCACUAGUCCGGGCCAAUAACCGUGGACUCAGCUUCCUCCUGCUGGCUGCACUCUUGUUGUCUUUUCUCUGUCCCUUGCUGCUCCUUUUCCCACCAGGAACCUUCUUGUGCUUUAUACGCCAAGCAGCCUUCGGGAUACUCUUCGCUCUUUGCAUAUCAUGCCUCCUGGCCAAGACUGUCAUCGUUGUGUUGGCCUUCCGAGCCAACCAGCUUGGCAAAGGUCUCAUGUUAAUUAUGGGACCACGUAGUCCUAUCUUGAUCGCUCUCUCUUGCACUGUAUUCCAGCUUACCCUCUGUCUCUCCUGGAUAAUCCAGUCCCCGCCCUUUCCUGAGCAAGAUAUUAAAAGUCAGGUGGGAACGAUCACCAUCAAGUGCAAUGAGGGCCUUGGCUUCUGGUUUAUGCUAGGCUACUUGGGCCUGCUCUCCACCAUCUGUUUUGUGGCUGCCUUUCUGGCAAGGAAGUUACCCGGAGCCUUCAAUGAGGCUACACACAUUACCUUCAGCAUGGUGGUCUUCCUUUGUGUUUGGGUUUCUUUUGUGCCAGCCUACCUUAGCACCCACGGGAAGCUUGCCGUAGCAACCGAGAUCUUUGCCAUUCUGUCCUCCAGUGCUGGCCUCCUCUUUUGCAUCUUCUCGCCCAAAUGUUACAUCAUUUUACUAAAGCCCCAGCUCAACACCCGGCCAUUGGUCUCCGGCCAUCACAGAAGAAGACCAGGCUCCCACUGA